CCGGCCUGCUGAAGAAUGCUUUGUAACCUUCUCUCACAGAGUCACUGGACAAAAAUAACCUUGCAGCGGUGCAUUAUGGGAAUCCCAGGCGUGCUUUAUCCUGCAUGAAGCAGUGACGGCAGCUAAUCUCGAAGGUUAUCUCCUGCACCAGCAGGGGUCCAUCAUGGUUCUCAAACAGCAGCUGUGCAAACCUCGUGCAGUGACAGGAUCCAAACAAUGGGGUCAUGCACGGCCACGCCCCCUCCACUGGCCUGCAGCCAGCACCGCUCUGCACGGAUUGGCUGUUGACUAAUCUCAACAAAGUCUCAUUGGCUGUCUGAGGCACCACAUGAUGCAACAUGCAAAUAGUCUCUGUGUGCUGACUUGAAAUCCCCAAAAGUGGAGCAAAAUCCGGCACUGAGAGUCAGGCUGCAAGCAGAGGAAGGAGAAGAGAAGAAGAAGAAGAAGAAGAAGGGGGCGUGACGUCUGCGAGAGGAGGAGGAAGAGGACUAGUAUGCACUUUUAGAAAACAACCAAAAACUUUCCUUCUUUCUUGCUGUUUUUUUUUUUUUUAAGAAAAAAGAAGCUGUUUUUGCUUGGAAUCUGUGGGUAUUUCUUUCUUCCAUGAGUGCUGCCAGCGUCCUGAGGUCAUUCGGUCCAUCAGUGAUGCCAGGUCCGGUAAUGCCGAUGGAUGUGGCAAUGCGAUUCUACAUCAGCCAUUCUCCACCGCCCCUCCGCGGCUUCCUCAGCUCCUACGAGGACCUGCAGCAGGCCAAGAACCGGGUCAACAAGUCCGGCAGCCACAACUGUGAUCAGCAGCUGUACAAACCUCUGCGGCCGUGCCUCAGCAGCCCCCAGAAAACUGCCAACGAUGGCAGUUCUGUGGGGUGGAACAGCAGCAGGGCUUCUGGCACCAAGAAGAGGGUGGUGUUCGCUGACACCAAAGGCAUGCAACUCACGGCCAUCCACGUCUUCUCCAAGUUUGACGAUGAGCCGUAUCAAAGCAAGCAGCACGGAGGCGUCAUGGAGGACCUGCAGUUUGACAUGACGGACCUGGAAUCCACCAAGAUGGACUUAAAGAUCACCCCAGUGCGGAGCCUCGUGCUGGAAUUUAAGCAGCCUUCUUCCGACUACCUGGACUUUCGGAACCGUCUGAUUCGGAAUUCUGUCUGCUUGGAAAACUGUUCGCUACAGGAGCGCUCGCUGACUGGUACCGUCAAAGUGCGAAACAUCCAAUUUGAGAAAUCGGUGCAAGUUCGCGCCACAUUUGACUCAUGGGCCAGCUACACCGACGUCGACUGCACCUUUAUGAAUAACAUCUACGGCUGCCAAGACACUGACACUUUUGCUUUCGUCCUGGAACUACCCGCCAACAUCCCGCCGCAGAACCAGGUGGAGUUCUGCAUCUGCUUCAAGGUCCAGGACCAAACGUUCUGGGACAAUAACGACGGAAACAACUAUGUUCUCAAACACGUUGACUGGAAGAAAGGCGAUGCUCCGGAAAACCCAGCGUUUGCCGAGCUGAAGCACUCGUCAGAACAAAAAAAUGUCAAAGUGGCAGAGACGGAGUUUGAUCAGUUCGGCAGCCCACGCAUGUCGAGCGGACUCUUCCCUGGGUGGCAGAGCUGGGGUCAGAUCGAUAACAACAUGCCUUACUGGUGAGAAACGCCUGACCAAGCCGCCUACAGCUUUGAGCUUUGACGCUCAGCCCAGACUGAAACGGAAGCUAGUGCACCUUUCCAGCAGACUUGACACUUGAAGAGUAAGAAGUUGGACUGACUCGUCUGUAGUGGUAAAGGUCGUAAACUCUGCUGUGCAUCACCUAUUAUUUUUGUAAAAUAAUAAUGUACCUUUCCAGAGCUAGAAAAAGAAUCCCGAAGCAAUACUGAGGCCGUUUUUUCCGGCCUGAUGUGAUUCUGCACUGUUUGAGUAAAGACGAUGCCUCCUUCAUAUUGAAGGGAACGUGCACGGUGUGCACGGGCUUUCUGCUUAAACACAGCUGACUAAACCUUUAGCACCUUUAAGUCUAAAUUCACGCAGCCCUUUAUUCCCCCCAUUGAAUGUGUUUGGUGACAAAAGUAUGGGUGAUGUCAUUUUAAGGUUUAAAAAAACAAAAAAACAAAAAAUAGAAGAAAGGGCUGAAGCUGCUACGAGUGCGCACGUGCAUGUGACUGUUUGUGGAGGAGGAGGAAGUGAGGCAAUGCGAGUGGCUACUGUACUCACAGGUGAUACGGAAAUGUGGUAAAGACUGAAAGUUCUUUUUUUUGGUGUUUCACAAGUGCAAUUCUGUGAACAGCAUGACAGUGGAUCAAUGAAGAAAUUGGAGUUUUUCUUACUGUGAAGAAACAUCUGCGCUGUUUACACCUGAAGGUGUGUCCAACACGCUCGUGUAUUUCAUUUUCAGAAAUAAAUGUAUAUAUUUCUGCCAAUAAA